AUGAAUUCAAUCUUCUUCACGCCUUGCACCAGCACGGCCUUCGCCUACACCUACGCCUACGCCUCCACCUCCACCUCCACCUCCACCUCCACUUCCAUCUAUACCUUUGAAGGUGGAGCACCUUCACCGGCGCACGCGACACCAUGGACACUACAAUAUCAAUAUCCACACACAAUGGUACCUGCUACCCAUUGUCCUGGCGUGUACAAGCUUUACUCGAUCCAGACGCGAGGCCGCUCGGCGCUCACCUUCCUCGCUCGACGGUCCUCGCUCGACGCCAAGCCGCCCAUACCAUGCCAAAACUUAAUUGUCGGCUAG